AUGAUUGUCGCUUCUACCAGACUUGGUAAGGCUCAAAGAGCUAUGGCUAUUUCUCGUAUCUACGGUGAGACCACCAAGGAGGUUUUCGACAAGAGUGAAGCUGCUGUCCCUGAGAACUCUCCUAAGAAGUUGUUGAUUGUUAUGUCUUCCGACAAGGGUUUGUGUGGAUCCAUUCAUUCGCAACUUGCUCGUGCUGCUCGUGCCCGUCUUGAGAAGUUCCCUGAUGCCGACGUUGUUGCUGUUGGUGACAAAACCAAGGCUCAAUUGUCUAGAACUAAUGCUAAGAACAUUGUUCUCUCUAUUUCUCAAAUCGGUAAGGAGGCUCCUACUUUCAAUGAGGCAGCCGUUAUUGCUGAUCAGAUCAGCCAAUUGGGCAAGCAAUAUGACGAUGUUGAGGUCCUUUACAACAAAUUCGUCUCUGGUGUUUCUUUCGAGCCCACUAUUAGACCAGCUUUCACUACUGCUGCCAUUGAGGAGGCUCCUAAGUUCAGCACUUACGAGCUUGAAGACGAGGUUGUCGGUAACUUGUCCGAGUUCUCCCUUGCCAACUACAUUUUGUGGGGACUUGCCGAGGGUCACGCUGCUGAGAUCUCUGCCCGUCGUUCUGCCAUGGACAAUGCUUCCAAGAACGCUAACGAGAUGAUUGGCAAGUACUCGAUUCUCUACAACCGUACUCGUCAAGCCGUCAUUACCAACGAAUUGGUCGAUAUCAUUACUGGUGCCUCUUCUUUGGAGUAA